GUCGGCGGCGGCAGAUCGCGGCGAGAGGACCGUGGGUGACCCACUCCGAGCUGUGAGCCGUCGGCCGGGAGCGCACAGCGAUGGGGAGCGGCCAGAGCCGGGACGGCGGAGGGGGAGCUCUCCACCUCGCCGGCUCUGGGCUGACCUUCUCACCCCGCCAGCUGCGCCGCCUCAACGACCGGUUCGCGUGGAUGGAGCACUCGUGCAACGCGGCGCUCAACAGCUACUACUCGGCCAUGCAGCCGCGCGGCGGGGGUCCCGGUUUGGCGCAGCUGGACGCAGUCGGUACCGUCGAGGCGGCCGUGGAGCGGCUCGUGCAGAGGAUCGUCGCCACUGUCGGAGCUCGCGACCCGCGGUUCGCCGCCUGCUUCCUGCUCAGCGUCGGCAGCUCGUACGAACACUACAAGGUGAACGAGCCAGACGAGUACGACUACAUGGUGCGCCUGGACAGCCUGUCCUGGCCGCCCCUGUACCCCGGUGACGACGCCGAGCCGCCCUGUGAGCUGCUCGAGGACCAGCGGUGUCCGCAGGGCUUCGGCAGGCUGCGGCUGGCCGAGCGGCACAGAGACACCUGGGCAGAGUUUGUCGACGGAAACGGACUGCUGAUGCGUGAGCGUCUGCGGGACCGUUUCCUGGCGCUGGUGCGGGAGGCGGUGGCCAACCCGAUCACCAACAUGCGGGACGUCCAGGAAGCCUCGCUGUGCGGCUGCUCGGGCAAGAUCGUCGACAUCGGCGUCCUCGAGUACAUCCUGCGACUGCCGCCCGAGCAGAGGUUCUUCCUGGCCAUCGGUGACCCGCGCAGUGACCUGUUCCCGGACCCGUCCCAGCUGGACAUCGCGGUCACCUGUGACGGUCCCUCUGUGAAGCUGGACGUGCAGUUCCCGGCCGGCAGCUGCUGUGGCGGCGGCGGAGCGCUGCCCGGUCGGGUCUCCAUCGACCUGACGCUGGCCGUCGGGCUGACCGGCUGGCCUACGCGGGCGGAUUUCCCCGACAGGGUGCCCCUCUCCAGCGUGGACGCACUGGUGGUGCACCGAGCAGCCUCCAAGGGUUUUUACAUGGUGCCGACGGAGCCGCACCCGAGCCACCCGUGCGCCGGUCGCUCCACCGUCUGGCGCGUGAGCAUGUCUGCGGCGGAGAUGGAGCUGAGCACGCACUACUCACACGACUCAGCGCCGGCCGCAGUGCUCCGGGUGCUGAAAAUUAUCAGCUCACAGCUCAGCGAGCCAGACACCAUCCUCAGCCGGCAGCUGCCGCCCACUCAGGUCAAGGACCUGCUAUCAUGUGUGAGCACCUACAUGCUCAAAACGCUCUUCUACUUCGAGCUGGAGUCGGACCCGGAGCUCUCCAACUGGGGUCUCGGCUCCGUGUCGCGCCACGUGCUGCGCAUUCUGGACGCCCUCGAGCAGGCGCUGCGCUACAAGAACCUGCGCAGCUACUUCUUCCCGGGCCAUAACGUGAUACUGCGGAAGGACUGCCGGCCCUCCGAGUACACCGUAGACGCGACUGUGCUGGAGCGCUUCCUGAGGACCCUGCACUCGGCCAGCAGCGCCGGCGACAGGCUGGUCCGACAGCUUCCGGAGCGCCGAUGGCUGCGGAUCCACCGGCGCCGCGUGCGCCAGGAGGAGCGGCUUCUGGCCGUCUGGCUGAAGCUGCUGGAGCGACAGCAGCGCCACCUGCCGGCCGGCCAGUUCAGCCAGCAGCAGGUCGAGUACCUGGACGAGCUGCUGCGACAGGUGGCGCAGUCUGGCGGGCGGUCCGAGAAACUGGCCGACGGCGAGAAGGACCUCAGCUCCGUUGUGCUGCUGUCGCUGACGGUGGCCGCCCACCAGCUGUUCCCCUCCGGUCGUCUGGGCGACUCCCUGACCCAGCAGUCGCGCGGUCUGGGCCCGGCAGUCCAGCUGGCCGCCGCCACCGCCGCAGCCGCCGCCGACGAGCCGGCCGGGAGGACGCUGGUACGAGCCCUGCGCGUGCUGGGUGCCCAGACGGAGAGCGGUCGCAGCACGGGGCGACUGCUGGCGCGACUGUACACGGCCGCGGCGCUGAACGGAGCGCUGCUCGGAGAGGACCGCGACCGGCGGGAUCUGACGCAGCUGAGACAGAUGGCGCAGUUCGCCGCCGCCGUCUGCGGCCAGAUGGGCAGCGCGUCUGCCGAGCUGGAGGAGCGCUCCCGCAGCGGCCAGCUGUGGGCGCAGCAGCUGCUCGAGCUGUCGGAGCGGCUGGGCUGCGUGCGGCUGGUGUUCACUCCGGAGAGGGGCCGGACCAUUAGCUGCCUGGUGCGGCCCGGCGGCAAGAGCCCGCCGCCGCUCCGGCCCAGGGUAGAGCUAGAGAAGGACCUGGAGUUUCUGCUACAGGAGGCUGAAAUGGAGGACAGCAGCGCCCCGCCGGCCCGCACCGUCCACUGCAUGCUGCAGUUCGCCAACCCCAUCAGGUCGCACGUGGACCACCUACGGCGCUACGGUCGCCAGCGCGGCCUGGGUCACAUCGUACCGGCCAUCAUCAGGAUGGGACAGGGAGAACUGCUGGAGAGGCUGGCGGACGGUCUGCCGCCUCCGGAGCGAUCUCUGGCGCUCCACCAGCUGCAGCAGUGUCUCUCUGCCAUGGUGCCCGGAGGCAGACCUGCCACGAACUCUCAGACGAGCCGUGACAAGGGCGCGCUGAGGAGCGACCGUACCGCAGACAGGAACGGCGCCCUGCCAUCCGGAGCGGCCCACCAGCCGUCUUGGACCGCCGAACCGGGCCAGUCAGCGACUGACCGCGGCAGAGGAGCCACAGACGACCGGCUAGAGCUGCGGGACGCUGUGGACGCUCCGUCGGGGACCCUGGGGAGGGGAAACCCGGCCUUCUGCUCUGGGGACGAGCGGGACACCGAGGCCGAGUGGGUGAUGAUCGUACACCCGCCGGCCAAGGUGGCGGAGAGGCCAGCGAACGCCCAGUUCUCCACCAAACUGUGAGGAGACUGCGAGAGAGACGCGGUGAACGGGUAGCAGUCUGUAUGCUAAGCGCGGCAGGUUAAACGAAGAACAUUUUAUCGGUAAAUCAAAAAAUGUUUAGGGUUGGUUAGCAGUGUUUAUUGCAAAAUAAUGCGUUCUUGUGUGUAUAACGUUAGUAUGAUUUUAUUCGUCAUCUGUACCAAGCAUUUACUACUCUAAUAAGAAGCCAUCUGUAUCGUGCCAUGUCCUGUCAAUGAUGUGCUUUUAUUGUGAGCACAAACAUAAUAUUUUCCUGAGUACCUACAUACGGCACGCGUUAUUAUCGAUCGUUAUCGAUGGUGAGAAUAACGUACUGCAGUUCCUGCAGUGUGUGUUCCUGUAUGUUAAGUAGUGUUAUUGGUAUAAUAAAAUGGGUUUUCGGUAUUUGUGAAUGAUGCAGCUAUGAGCUAAUAAACACGGGGUGUAGUACCUAUAUAUGUAAAAAACAAAUAAGCAACGCAUUGCUGAUUUGGCAUCGCA